AUGCAGAAACUUAUAACACAUAUUAUUAGCCCAAUCUCAUACAUCAUCCCCAUCCUUAUUGCUGUAGCAUUCUUAACGUUACUUGAACGAAAAAUCCUAGGUUAUAUACAACUCCGAAAAGGCCCAAACAUAGUCGGACCUUUUGGGAUUUUACAACCAAUUGCUGAUGGGGUUAAACUAUUUAUUAAAGAACCUAUUCGCCCAACACAUGCAUCCCCGAUACUUUUUAUUUUAGCCCCAACCCUAGCCCUCUUACUAGCCCUUAUAAUAUGAACCCCUAUACCCAUACCCCACCCCCUCGCAGACAUAAACCUGGGUCUCCUAUUCCUACUCGCCCUCUCAAGUAUAAUAGUCUAUACAAUUUUAUGAUCUGGAUGAGCAUCCAACUCAAAAUACGCCCUAAUAGGGGCCCUUCGAGCUAUUGCACAAACAAUUUCCUACGAAGUUACCUUAGGCAUUAUUUUACUCUCCAUUAUUAUAUUAACCGGCGCCUUUACAAUAUCCACUCUUAUCAUUACACAAGAACACACAUGAUUAAUUUUAUCUACCUGACCUCUAGCCAUAAUAUGAUACGUAUCAACCCUAGCAGAAACAAACCGAGCACCCUUCGACUUAACAGAGGGCGAAUCAGAACUUGUUUCAGGCUUUAAUGUAGAAUACGCAGCAGGACCCUUCGCACUUUUUUUUCUAGCUGAAUAUAUAAACAUUUUAAUGAUAAACACACUAUCAUGCAUCUUAUUUCUUAGUCCAACCAUCACCUUACAAACAGAACUUUUUACAAUUAACUUAAUAACAAAAACUACCCUACUAACUAUUGGUUUUUUAUGAGUCCGAGCCUCCUACCCACGAUUUCGUUAUGAUCAGCUAAUACAUCUUCUAUGAAAACAAUUUCUCCCAGCUACUCUAGCACUUUAUUUAUGAUAUAUCUCCUUUCCAAUCUCACUAGCCGGUCUCCCACCA